UUACGAUGUAAAAAGAUGGCCUCCAAACACUCGAAGUAAAAUUUCUUACGCAGACUCUAUAUCAAUCAGAACAAACAUUUCAAUGAUAGAACAAAAUUGGGUCAUCUUCAGAGAAACGGAAAUAUUUGAACCAAGGACGGGAAUUUAAAAGUCCAUCAACUCAGCAGAGAAUUGGACCUAAAACUAAGCUAAGACAGAUGGCGGAUCAGGUUACUCUUAAGAUAGGCUUCAUAGGCGCUGGCGCCAUUAACUUCGGUCGGCAGCACCUGCCAUGGGACCACGCUUCGCGCCUAGAACAGCUCGGAGACAUUGAUGUCAUCGGUAUUGUGGACCUGGACGAAAAGUUGGCAAGGAGCGUUCUAGAAAAACGACAAUCUUCUGCAAAGUAUGGUCAUCUCUACAAAAACUGCAAAAUCUUCAAAAAUUACAAAGAACUUAUUGAGUUAAAACCAGAUGCUGUGUUGAUAGGGAUUCCUCCGGCUUAUCGUGGUUCUUUUUCAGAGGGGAAAGACCUCGAGCUCCAGUUCGCACGUGCAGGAAUACACGUGUUUGUGGAGAAACCUUUGUCAGUCCUGCCGCCGGAGGAUUUUAUGAGCUACGCCAAAGCCGUUACAGAGACAUGCAAAGAAAAGAAAGUCAUAGUGUGUGUCGGAUAUAUGUUCAGAUAUCAUGCUGGCAUACUUAAAAUGAAGGAGCUAAUAGCAAAACAUGGUGGGAAGGUGAUGGCGUUCAAUGCGAGAUACUAUUUUGCCUACACCAAAGCUGUUAACAAGUAUUGGUUCAAUGAGGACUUUAGCGGUGGACCAAUCGUAGAACAGGCUACACACUUCUGUGAUUUGGCGCGGUUUGUGGUCAGUGACGUAGAUCUUCCUACGAUACACACUCUUCUGCUGAAGGACUCUGAUCCCAGUGGCGCUGGACAUCUAGCUUACGUUCCAAUUGAAGCAGAGGACGACAUAACUCCUGAAAAAAGAAUCCCUCGAGUAACAAUGAGUCACUGGCGAUUCAUGGACGGUGGAUUAGGUACCUUAAUGCACUCAAUAGCUCUACCGGGAACAAGGUACGAGGCCAAUAUUGACGUUCAGCUAGAUGGACUCAAACUGUCCCUCAUUGAACCUUAUGAAAAGGACUGUAUCCUAAGGGUACGAAGUCUAAAAAACGAGGAGCCAAAUAAGGAUCAGGACUUUACCUUCCCUACCGAUGAUUCGUAUCUCACUGAACUUGGAACAUUUCUGAAAGCUGUCCGCACGAAUGACCCCUCUUUGAUUAAGAGUUCUUACAGUGACGCAGCACUUACGUAUCAGAUGACGUGGGCCAUUCGACGAGCCUCUUAAAUUAUAAAUAAAAUCUUAUUGUACAUUGAAGCUGUCUAUAAAACUGCAAAGAAAAUGAAUGACUCAACAUUUGUGAUGUUUUUAUUUUUUAUUAUUUAGCAUGUCAAUCUUGCAAUGAUAUUCCU